AUGAAGUCACCUAUGCGUAUAAGAAUCAAUUUGUUCUUUAAACUAAAAAUUUCAUUAUUAUAUAUAUAUUUAUUUUUCGCCGUUUUUUUAUCAAUUCAAACUAAUGCACAGCAAUUAAAUCCAGCACCAGGUCCUCGUGAUGAGCCAUGUCUUGUAGCUUAUGAAGAUAAAGUAUAUGUAUUUGGUGGUACUGGAAAUGACGCAAAGAACAGUUGGUUUAGUUAUGUAAAAGCUCCAUUUAAUACUCAAAGUUUGAAUUGGGUCGCAAUGCCUACGGCUGGUUCACAUAAUGCGAGUGGUAGACCUGCUUGUGGUGUAACUUCCGCUGGUGUGUUAAUAGUGACAGGUGGUGGAUCAACUUCUGAUCCAAAUUAUAGUGGUAUACAGGCUUUUGAUCUAACUAAAGGAACGAGUGGUACAUGGUAUACGCCACAAACUACAGGUCUUGAUACUGUUAAGUAUCUGACAUAUCGUAAUAGUCAUAGACUCGUCAUAUUUACCACUUCUGCCGGUGAAGAAGUACUGUUCCAAUUUGGUGGAUCACCAUCAAACGAUACAUAUAUACUGCAUAUUUCCAAUAUGACAUGGGAAACGAUACCACUAGACUCGACAACCCCACCACCAAAUGGAUUAUUCGGUAUAGCAUAUUCUAAGGAUAAUGUGUACAUAGUUGGAGGAAGUUCAGAUUUCAAUGGUGGUAUAUUCGCUGAUGUAUGGGGUUUCAAUGUUCCUACACGUAAAUGGUUUGAUCCAAAAGCAACAAUGCCUACCGGAUGGUUUGAUGGACAUAUAGGACAUCUAAAUGAUACUUUUUAUAUAGUUUCCAGUGAUAGCUCUGGUCCUAACUCAGCAAUGAGAGUUUGGACGCUAUCAAACAAUUCUUUUUAUACUUACACUUCCGGAUCUAUGAUCACAGUAGGCCAUUCUUAUUAUGCUAGCGCGCAACUUCUUGGCAGUGAUGCUUUAGUUUGCUAUGGUGGAAGCACACAAAACAGUAGUGCGGCUGGUGAUAUAAAUACCUAUCUUGGAAAUACUGCUGAUUUUUUAAUCUUCAACAUGACUCAAAAGGCAUGGGUUACCAACUAUAAUUAUUUGAAAAAUGCACCAAUGGAUCAAUUUAUUGGUGGUCCCUUGGCUCCUAAUCAGAAUGACCCAUUCCUAAAACCCCUUUCUUCAUCUUCUCAAGGAAAUAAUACCAGUUCAAAUGGUUCAAAUAUUUCAAAUGGUUCAACAGGAAACAGUAAUUCAAAUAAUUCGACCAGCAAUAAUAAUUCUUCAUCAUUUCCUCCAAUGUUAUUAUACAUUAUCAUAGGAGGAGUCGUGACCCUUAUAAUAGCAGCUAUUGUAGCUUUCUUCUUCUAUAGGAAAUAUCAUUUGCCAAAAUUUGGAUUUUAUGCAAAUUCAAAUUCUUCAAAUUCUACAUUAACAACACUAAAAGGAACUCAGCAUACUAUACGUGUACAUGCAACUGCUAAUUCUCGAUUUAAGGAUGAAAUAUUCAGUCGUCACAAGCUUACUGCUAUGGUUUAUAAUCAACCUGACGCUGCUUUCAUAAUGCCAUCUGCUCCAACCGGAACUAUCAUUCUCCAACGUUAUAAGCUUUGUGGAAAUUCUGCUUAUGGUGGCAAUAAUACAAUACGUCAAGCUAUUGAUGAACAAACAGAUGAUCAAGUUGCUAUUAAAUUUUUCCAGAAUUUUGAAUCUUUUGAACGAGAAGUCGUCAUGCUUAAAUACUUGCGCUCUCGUCAUGUCGGAGAGUUGUUAGCAUUAUAUGAACUUCCUUCAAAAGAAGAUUGGCCUUAUGUUAUAAUUUUAAAUUAUUAUCCUCAAAGUAUGGAUAAAUUAAUUAUAACCAGGUUAUCCUCAAUGGAUGCUCUGUAUAUUAAAUUGUUAGUUAAAUCUAUCACACAAGCAAUUCAUUAUCUUCAUACUCAUAAUGUUGCUCAUUUGGAUAUUAAACCCGGUAAUUUUGUACAUGAAAAGGCUGAUCCUACAGCAUGGCGUCUUGUGGAUUUUGAAGCAGCAAGAUUUGUAGGAGAGGAAUAUGUCGAUGAUUGUUCACCUAUGUAUUGUCCACCCGAAGUGUUCAAUGCUGCUUAUAAUAAGCAGCCUAUAAUUGCUUCAACUUCAAUGGAUAUAUGGUCACUGGGUUGUAUAAUUUUUGAACUAUAUACAAAAACACCACUUUUCUACUCUGAAGAAGAUGCCAUUGAUAAAUUGACUAAGAGUUUUGCUAAAGGAGAAUUAGUAGAUUUUCCAAUAAAUAAAAUUCCUGAUCAACAAGCUAGAAAUAUCUUGUUAAAAAUGUUGGCAGUCAAUCCAUCUGAAAGAAUCUCGUGCGAACAAAUUCUUCGUUCUGCCUUUUUAAAUUCAGGUUUGGACACUAGACAGUUGAAUACACUACAUAAUGAUUCAGCUGACCGUAUUAUUACCGCAGUAAACCAAAAUACCAACACAAUUCUCUCAACACUCCAAGAAACAACUAAUCUUAUCCUCAAGCAAAUUGAUGUAGUAGUUAACAGUAUAACUGACACGAUGGAUGCUGCAAUACCACGUCUAUAUGUUUUAUUACCAGGUCAAGAUGCUAAAUCUAUAUUCCGACCACAAACUUGGGGAAGGAAUACGUUUAUCUUGCACCUUCUUUGUGAAGGUCUAGAUCCAAAUAAUCAAGAAGCGCAUUUUACAAGCUAUAGGGGUUAUGAAAUUCAUGAUCCGAAACCAUUAUUAAGAAAGGCUGGUCCAUAUCUUUCUAUAAUGGCGACAGUUAUCUCUACAGGGCUUAGUCAUGCUUUGCAUCUGAAUACAUCACCUGAUAUUUGUGGCAUGAUUUCUGGUGUUUCAACACGACCUACUGAAUAUUUCAAGCAACUAACGCAAAUGCUUGAUUCAGAAAUUACAUAUCCAACAGAAACAAGAGAUAUUGAAAGAACAAGAAAGGAUCCUGUUGGUCGAAUGAAAGUUGUUCAAGGUGCUGCAUUACGAGAACUUGAGGCCUUUUUAGCAAUGAAUGAUCAAGGAAAAGAGUGGGGUGGUCUCCAACGUGUUGUAUUGGAAAAUGGAAGAUGGAGAUGGGUAUGCGAACAUUGUCAUAGUCGUUUACAGACUUAUGAAGAUUCCUAUUCUAUUGAAGAUGAUGAUAGCUUCGGAAUGGCCAUAUGA